UUUCGUUUUGGUCUCAACUUGAGCGGGCUUAAAGCCGUAGGAGGGAAAGUUCUAACCUGCAAGCGGCACAAACAACGGCCAGCGCCAACGUGCCCACCAAAACGAGCGGGCUCACUAGUUGCUCCCCAGUCGGCGACGAGACGUUGCCGCUCCGCUCUACACUCACCACAGCCGCAAACAGCUGUUGCCGUGUAUUUGCUGCCACCGCUGCAACCCACACCCACCGCACCUCACAGCAGCGGCAUAACCUGCCAAGAUGCGUAUCCAAGCUGCCUGUCUGUUGGCCCUGGUGGCGCUGCCAACGCUGUGUCUGGGCCUGCUCGAGGGUCUGUACUGCGGCAAGGAGGACUGCUACGAUGUGCUCGGCGUGACACGUGAGUCGUCCAAGUCGGAGAUUGGCAAGGCCUACCGCUUGCUGGCGCGCAAGUAUCAUCCGGAUCUGCAUCGCGGCGUCGAGGCCAAGGCCCUCGCGGAGGAGCAGUUCAAGCUAAUAGCCACUGCAUACGAGAUCCUGCGCGACGAGGAGUCGCGCAAUGACUACGACUAUAUGCUGGACAACCCGGAUGCGUACUAUGCGCAUUACUAUCGCUACUACCGCCGCCGCGUGGCGCCUAAGGUGGAUGUGCGCAUUGUGAUCGUGGUGGUGCUGACAAUUAUUUCAGUGAUACAGUACUAUUCCGGCUGGCAGCGCUACGACUCGGCCAUCAAGUACUUUGCCACGGUGCCCAAGUACCGCAACCAGGCGCUGGACAUUGCCCGCGACGAGAUCCAGGAACGCAUCCAGAAAAAGGGCAAGAACCGCAUGUCCAAGACCGACCAGAAGGAGGAGCUGGAGCGCAUCAUACGCAAGGUCAUCGAGGAGAAGAUGGACGUGCAGGGCGGCUACGCAAAGCCCACGCUGUGGGACGUCCUCUGGGUGCAGCUGCUCAUCUGCCCCUACACGAUUCUCUCGUUCAUCGUGUGGCAUGGCCAGUGGUUUUGGCGCUACACGAUCCUCAAGCAGCCGUACGGACGCGAUCAGAAGCUGUAUCUGGUGCGGCGCUACCUGAAGAUGGGGCAGCAUCAGUUCAAUGCGCAGGACGACAAACAGAUCGAGGAGUAUCUGCAUUUGGAGCUGUGGAAGCGCGACAACUUCGAGGCGUGGAAGGCCGAACAGGACGAGGAGAUGAAGAAGAAGCUGGCGGAGAAUCCACGCUACAAGGCCUACAGGCGCUACAUGAAGAACCAUGGCCCCGGACGCAUCACCUUCGAGGAUUAGCCAGCAUAGCCCAGAUCCCCCACACACACGCCACACCGAUGUUCAAGUUUUAUUGUUCCAUCUGUAACCCGACCGACCCCCAGAAUUUCCCCCCUUCCCCCCAAGCAACCAACACUCGUUUUUACAUACAUACAUAUACAUAUAUAUAUUUUUUUACGAACAUUUUCAAUGUCUAGGGCGAAGAGAAGUUAGAUUUUGCAUUAGCCUAACAAAUAACUUAAUAAUGUAUCGUUCCAUAAUUUGUGGCGUUGACCCCGCCACAGGCCACACAGCAGAGCCGCUGCCGUAGCCGCAGCCGCAGAAACACACAGUCAAACCGGUUCAAGAACGUGGCCAAAAACUUCAGUUUUGUGCCAUCUCAGCACGGUACAGCGGUACAGUGGUAUAGCGGUACAGUGGAUAGCGGCUACGAUGAGCACGAUAAUAUUUUUAGAACAAUUAACCCUUCUCCGGCACGGAGACCCCUGGCCCCUGCCCCUGCCCCUGCACCCGUUCAGGUUCUUCUCUUAUAGUUAUAGCAAAUCUACGCUGAAUGUUAAAUGUGAAUGUGAGAAUGUAAUAAAACUACAAUAGAUAGAGA